CAAAAUUCAGGUUUGGACAAAAAAGCGUUUUUGUAGGAUCAUUUCUCUCAUUUAAAAACCCCUUCUCCUCUCCCACCUCAUCACCACUCUCCACUCUCAACUCUCCAUUUCUCUCACUUUCUCUCUCCUCUCUCUGUAAACCGAAGCUUUGCAACCUCCAUUAAUGGCGUCCGCUGCUACUCUCAACUCUGUCGAAGCUACCAAAAUUGAGAAUCUUCGUUCUGCUACCUCUGGCCUCAAUGAAAUCAGUGAGAAUGAAAAAUCCGGAUUCAUCAAUCUGGUAACUCGAUACCUAAGUGGAGAAGCUCAGCAUGUUGAUUGGAGCAAAAUCAACACUCCUACUGAUGAUAUUGUUGUUCCGUACGAAACCGUUUCACCGCCACCGGAAGAAGAGGCAAAGACUAAGGAGCUUUUGGAUAAACUUGUGGUGUUGAAGCUCAAUGGAGGACUCGGAACUACCAUGGGUUGUACCGGUCCUAAGUCUGUCAUUGAAGUCCGUAAUGGCCUGACCUUUCUGGACCUUAUAGUCAUGCAAAUUGAGAACCUUAACAGCAAGUAUGGAUCCAAAGUGCCUCUGGUUCUGAUGAACUCAUUCAACACACAUGAUGAUACUCUUAAGAUUGUUGAGAAAUACACCAAUUCAAAUGUUGAGAUUCACACAUUUAAUCAGAGCCAAUACCCUCGUCUGGUUGUUGAAGAUUUCUUGCCAUUGCCCUGCAAAGGUGAAAGUGGCAAGGAUGGAUGGUAUCCUCCUGGUCACGGUGAUGUGUUCCCGUCCUUGAAGAACAGUGGAAAGCUUGACUUGUUCUUGUCACAGGGCAAGGAGUAUAUCUUUGUUGCAAACUCUGACAAUCUUGGGGCUAUUGUUGAUUUGAAAAUCUUAAGUCACUUGGUCCAGAAUAAGAACGAGUACUGCAUGGAGGUAACGCCUAAAACUUUGGCGGAUGUCAAAGGUGGAACUCUUAUUUCCUAUGAAGGGAAGGUCCAGCUUCUAGAAAUUGCACAGGUUCCAGAUGAACAUGUCAGCGAAUUCAAAUCAAUUGAGAAGUUCAAAAUUUUCAAUACCAACAACCUGUGGGUGAACUUGCAUGCCAUUAAAAGGCUUGUAGAAGCUGAUGCACUGAAGAUGGAAAUUAUUCCAAACCCCAAGGAAGUUGAUGGAGUUAAAGUUCUUCAAUUGGAAACUGCUGCUGGUGCUGCAAUCAAGUUCUUUGAUAAUGCUAUUGGUAUGAAUGUGCCACGAUCACGAUUCCUUCCAGUGAAGGCAACUUCAGAUUUGCUCCUUGUCCAGUCGGACCUGUACACAGUUGUUGAUGGCUUUGUGAUAAGAAACACAGCUAGAAACAACCCCGCUAACCCAACCAUUGAGUUGGGGCCAGAAUUUAAAAAGGUCAGCAACUUCUUAAGCCGAUUCAAGUCUAUCCCCAGUAUCAUUGAGCUAGAUAGCUUGAAGGUGACAGGAGAUGUGUGGUUUGGUGCUGGGGUCGCUCUCAAGGGAAAAGUGACUAUCAAUGCCAAGUCUGCGGCGAAGCUGGAAGUUCCAGAUGGCGCAGUGAUUGCAGACAAGGAAAUCAAUGGAGCUGAGGAUAUUUAAAGCCUCGAGGAACAAGGGAUGUGAUACAUGAUCACUUGACUGCUCUUGCCUAUGUAGUUAUUUUCAUGGUUCACAUAUACGAGUGAACAGUAUAGAAUUUUGAAUUUUGGGGAUAUAAUUUUGUUGGAGCAAUUGUGUAGAAAACUGGCACCAAGGCUUCAGAAGUUCGAAUAAUGCGGAGUUGUUUUUCUA